AGCCGGCGGAGCGAGGCGGCGAUGGAGCGGGCCGUGGUGCGCUGCGUGCCGUCGGAGGCGAAGCUGAGCCUGUCGUUCUCGCUGGCGGACGGGCGGCAGAAGCAGAUGCAGCGGAGCCAGAGCGAGCCGCUGGGCCGGGCGCUGGGCCGCAUCGCCAUCGACGCGCUCAAGGGCCACGCCAAGGCGGCGGCCGCCAAGAAGGGCAAGAAGCCGCGGCCCGACGGCGGCGGGGGCAUCCUCGGCGCGGAGGAGGGGCCGGGCUCGGCGGCGGCGGCGGACGCGGCCUCGGCCGGGGGCCCGCUGGUGCGGCUCUACUACCGGGAGGAGGCGGUGGGCGACGACGUGCUGAACGCGGACGCCUGGCAGGACGGCGCGGUCCUGCAGAUCGGCGACGUGAAGUACAAGGUGGAGCGCAACCCGCCCGCCUUCACCGACCUGCAGCUGCCGCGCUACCUGAUGGCCGGCUUCCCCGUCUGCCCCAAGCUGGGGCUGGAGUUCGCCGAGCCCGCCGCCUCGCUGUUCCGCUGGUUCAAGGAGGCCGGGCCGGGGGCCGCGGGCGGGGGCGACGGCGGGAGCGGGGCCGCUAACGCCGCCUCCUCCACGGAGCCCUCCUCGUCCUCCUCCUCCUCGUCCUCUUCGACCUCCUCCUCCUCCUCCUCGUCGUCGUCGUCGUCGUCGUCGGCCGGCCCCGGCUGGGUGGAGGCCGGGGUGUCGGAGCUCGUGUACACCCCGUCCAACGCGGACGUGGGGCUGCGGCUGAAACUGCGCUGCACCCCGGGCAACGGGCAGCGCUUCGGGCCCAGCCGCGAGCUGGAGAGCCACAGCCCCGUGGAGGCCGGGCCCGGCACCUGCACCUUCGACCAGAGGCACCUGUACACCAAGAAGGUGGCCGGCGACGCCCUCAUCCGCACCGUCUCCUACAACAUCCUGGCCGACACCUACGCGCAAACCGAACUGUCCCGCACCGUCCUCUACCCGUACUGUGCCCCCUACGCGCUGGAGCUCGACUACCGCCAGAACCUCAUCCAGAAGGAGCUCACCGGCUACAGCGCCGACCUCAUCUGCCUGCAGGAGGUGGACCGGCCCGUCUUCUCCGACAGCCUGGUGCCCGCCCUGGAGGCCUUCGGCCUGGAGGGCCUCUUCAAGAUCAAGGAGAAGCAGCACGAGGGCCUGGCCACCUUCUACCGCAAGGCCAAGUUCAGCCUCCUCGGCCGGCACGACAUCGCCAUCAACCAGGCCCUGCUGUCCGACCCUCUGCACAGGGACCUGCUGGAGAAGCUCUCCCCGUACCCGCUGGUGCGGGAAAAAGUGCUCCAGAGGUCCUCCGUCCUGCAGGUCUCCAUCUUGCAGUCGACCAAGGACUCUUCAAAAAAGAUCUGCGUGGCCAACACCCACCUGUACUGGCACCCGAAAGGCGGGAACAUCCGUCUCAUUCAGGUGGCCGUAGCCCUGUCUCACAUCAAGUAUGUGACGUGCGACCUGUACCCGGGCGUGCCCGUGGUAUUCUGUGGGGAUUUCAAUAGUACUCCGUCGACGGGCACGUACAGUUUCGUCAACAGCGGCGGUAUCGCGGAGGACCACGAAGACUGGGCUUCGAACGGCGAAGAGGAGCGGUGCAACAUGGCCCUGACCCACCCCUUCAAACUGAAGAGCGCGUGCGGCGAGCCCGCCUACACCAAUUACGUCGGCGGGUUUCACGGGUGCCUGGAUUACGUCUUCAUCGACUCGGAUGCUUUAGAGGUCGAGCAGGUGAUUCCCCUGCCGACCCACGAAGAGGUCACCACCCAUCAGGCCUUGCCGAGCGUUUCGCAUCCCUCUGACCACAUAGCCUUGAUAUGUGAUUUGAAGUGGAAGUAGACUCCGUUUUGUCCGGCGCCGGUUGGGAAGCUUGAAAUGAGGGGGCCGCUUUUACCUUAGCGCAGCUGUAAAGUGAGUCUUGAGAUUUAUACUUCGGUGUAAACCUUGAGCAGAGGGGAACCCGUAUUGAAUAUAGCGGGGAGGGGAGAAAAAAACAGAGUUCACCCCUGUAGCUGGUCUGUGAUGCCUGAAGUGUAUCCUGCAUUUCCAAGGGUUGUUCAUAACGGAUGCAUGGAACAGUUUCUUUCUCCUCUUUUCUACACCAAAAUGAGAACAGGUAUAUUUAAAGUGGUCCUAAAAGGCUGGAUUCUCACAUACCUUUUUUGUGGUUUUUUUUCAAGGGUAACUAAGAGGCUAUUUUGUUUAAAAACUUAAAUGAUUCUAAUCUGAUUUCUACAGUGGUGGAUUUUUUUUGAACUGAUCCAUGUUUAUAUAGUUGAGGUGGGGACGGAGACCCGACCUGACUCGAGUGGAUCGAGCGAGUAAUGCUAAGUUUUACGCAGGCUCCCUCUUUGAGCAGUUUUUUAGGCACUUUUAUUCAGAGCUUCGGGAAAACACUAGGGGUGUGUGUCAUCUGCCACUCCCUCUGCUUCUCCCCUUUAAGUCUCCAACUGCAUUCUGGAGAGCUUUUCCUCAGCAACGAGUAAUGAACGGGCCACUGGCCCCAGUGGUGUUCAUUGCUGAGUGUGAAGCUGUGGACUCUGCUUGACAGAGUGCACCGUUUCUAAGAAAUUCCCCCCCAAAAAAGUAUUUAAUCCUGAAGUGUCUUGUCAAUCAGCUCCCAGAAAAGUGGAAUGACAAAUUUGAGUUGGUGGUUUUAUACGAGAAAAGAUUUUUGGAUGCAUUGUAUUCUGUAUUUUGCUAGCAGAAGGGAUUGAAGGGGAAGCGGGCUCUUCAUCACAAAAGUUAGGGUAUAGAAAUUGGCGUUAUAAUUUUUCCAUGGGGGAAAGAGUAUCUAGAAAUCAUAUUUUGAGGAAAAGUAGAGUGUUGGGCUGCUUGUUGAAACAUUCAAGGGAGGAAAUGUGAGGCACCUCGAUGAGGGCAGUCUGCCCUGUGUUCUAGGCCAAGGAGCAAGCCCUCGACUACCCGGGUUAGUGAAAGGUGCCUUGAUCUUGAGCUUUGUCUCACUUUGGCAGCCUUAUUGCUCCCUGCCUUUGUUUUUACAUUUCUAGGUUGGUAGUUUUUUCCCCAAAAAUCUGUCGAUGAACAAUCCAAAGGGAGAAAUGUUCGUUUACACACAGCAUUACAGGAUUUCCACCCUUUAUCAGUGACCUGACACCUCUGUUAGAAAGCCAUGGAUGUUGUCUGCAGAGUCAGUGUGUUUUCUGAGGAUAAUUUUUUUUGGCUGCAGAAUAUAUGCAUCUUGUGUGUGUGUGUAUGCAUAUAUAUAUUUGUGUGUGUGUAUAUAUAGACACAUGUAGUAGCCUUCCACCUCACCCUCGGGCCCGCCCGGGGGGGACUCCUGAGGGGGCAGCUAGAGGCGCGUCCUGUCCCUCCAGGGAAGAGAUGGACUCCCCCCAAGCGAUCUGCAUGGAGAAAGUGCUCAAUAAAUACUACUGGUGGAUUUGAUGGGGGGUAAAGGAGGGGCCUCCAGCCCAGGAGGGUCAGAGCGUGGCUAAGAGACGGCAGCCACAGCUCCCGGGAGAGAACGAGAACCGUGCCUGGGAUUGCCAACUUGUACUUACCAAGCGCUUAGUACAGUGCUCUGCACACAGUAAGCGCUCAAUAAAUACGAUUGAGUGAAUGAAUGAAUGAAUGUAGUUGCAUACACACAAUUAUUAUCAUUUUUCAAAUUUUCCCUAAAUCAGCAUAGGGCAAGUUGAACACCAGUCACCUAAUGGUAGUGAGUGAUGGGUGUAGAAGAACUAAUCCAUACCACCGAGGUUGUCCACCUCUUGAGCGUGCCCUGCCCUGGGACCCUUGACAGCAUUUCACCUGCCAGUUGACCCUGACCAUUCCAGGCCUCGCCACUUUCCAAUAGCCCCAUCCCCUUGCUCAGUUUCCUGCCCGGGUGUUCUUAAGCCAGAGUCCAGGAAGACUGGUGGUAUGGUGAGGAAGAGAGUCCAGGCCAGCUGCCAUUCCAACCAGCUGUCUGUCUUGUGGACUCCUGAGCCAUUCAGGUUCACCCAAGAAAGUAGUCCCUAGGUGGGGUCUGACUCGUCUCAGCCACCACCCCACCCCAUCCCCAGCCACGUCUUUUCGUACCUUGAGAACGGGGCUGGAGACAUCAUUGUGAAGGAAUGUCAUAUCCAACCUGCCUCAGUGGUGACCCCCACACAGAACUGUGCAGUUUGUUCCUACACGCUUGCCUGCUCUCACGUUGCCAGGCUGAGAAAUUGGAACAAACUGGAAGCUGGGUGGAGACCACCGACUUUCCUUCCACAGGUAUGGGAAUGGCCCGUGAUACAGCCAUCCUGGGAGAUACGACCGGUAUUGUUUGAUGCCCUAGACAUGCCGGCCGAGUGCCACAGGUGAGUACAGCUCCCCCUGCCCCCCCCCCCCCGCCCCCGACGAUGUCUGCGGCCCCCUACCCUGGUGGAAGUAAAGCAGUCCCCGAUGAGUGGAUCCUAGAGGAAGCUCUGCCCUCAGUCCGUGUCAGAUUUGUCAAGGCAUUGAAGAGAUUCCUAAGCGGAUAAGCCAAAGAGAUUGUUGAAUUUUGGAAAUGGACAAUGUGGAUGUCGAAGAGCUAACUGCAUCUCACUCAAGGGAAUUAUCCAAUGAGGACCUCAUCAAACUUCAGCAAUCAGUUGCAUCAUCUCAUGAUGCCAAAACAGAUGAAGCAGCUAUGGUUUUUCCACAACCAGCUAAAAUCUUGGGGUUAGAAAUUUGUGUCAGUUUUGGAGGAGGAGGAGGAGUGUGGAUUUACAGAUUUGAUUGAAGACGACAGCUGUACUGGAGCAACAGAAGUUUGGGGUGUUGAGAAGGAGUUUCCCCAGCUAUAAGGUGCUUUACGGAGAGAAAAGGUGGCUGCUAUUCAACUUAAGUUGUACGGAUUCUUCAGUUAAAUUGAAAACCCACUCCCUCAGUCAGCAGGACAAGCAUCCACUUCUUCACUCUCCUACGUAGUCAUAAUCCUAAUUCCACUCCUCGUUUACUUAAUAUUGUGAAGUUUGGUUUACUUUGAAUUUAAUAAAGAUGAACCGGGAGUUUA